AUGCCUCAUCGUCAUGCCUCAUCGUCAUGCCUCAUCGUCAUGCCUCAUCGUCGUGCCUCAUCGUCAUGCCUCAUCGCGCCCAGCCAAUGUGCUGAGAGUCCCCCUACCAAGUCUCCAAGACUCCAUCCCUCUCCCCCUAUUCAUUCCACCGCCCUGCCCAUCGCAGCAACCAAGGUGUAUCGCCUGCAGCAGCCACCGGUCUCGGCUAUCGCCGAGUCUCCUGGUAGUGGCUUGAUAGGCCGAAAAGGAAGAGAGAGAGGUGACAGCCAGGCAUUAUCGGGCCUGCGGUGUGAAGAAAGCUCACUGGGGCGGCUGAGACAGCUGGAGAGCACUGAGCUCUGUGGCUUGCUGCUGCUGGGCGAUGGACCUGCUAAUGUGGGUACAAGGGCGCAAAGAGAGGUGCAUGAGAAGGGAAGUCUGGGCGGAAGCAGCACAAGGGCGACUGCAGAAGACGUGAACAAGGGUGAAGCGGGACGGAAGCAGAAGAAGGGGGGGGAAGUGCAGGCGACAAGCAAGCAGCUUGAGAUGUUGCAGCAGGCGAACGAUGAGGUGGGUGCGGUGGUGGGUGCGGCGGUGGGUGAGCUGGCGUCGACUCCCUCUCUCAAGGGUCAAGUGCUUGUGGGUCGAGGCUCCUGCCACAGUGCAUUGGGGCAGUUUGACAAGGCCCUCGCUGACCUGUCCUCUGCUCUGGCAACAAACCCCACAAGCACAGCCGCUUUCAUGGCUCGAGCAGGCACUUAUUUCAAGAUGAACAAGAAUGUUGAGGCCAUAGUGGACUACUCACGAGUCAUUGACCUGGACCCCUCCAACGCCGAAGCUGUCAGGUGGCGAGGCAUCUUGUCAUUCAACCUAAAGUACUACUAUGCAGCUGAGAAGGACUUUCAGCAAGCCAUUCAGCUCGACCCCUCUCUUCCCUUCGUCUUUAAAGGCCUUGGCCUCGCCAUAGGAGGCAGUGGGAGGUGGCGGGAGUCGUUGCCAGUGUUUGCAGAGGGAGUGAGGCGCCACCCCCAGGAUGCGGACCUGUGGCAUUCCAAGGGGCGCGCGCACAAGGAGGUGGGCGAGGUGGCGAACGCCUUAGAGGCGCUGCAGCGAGCACUGCAGAUCAGAAAGGCAGUGGCGACCUAUCAGGAGCUUGUGUCUGUCAGCCGAUUCGUGGGUGACUACAGGGCCGCCAUACGCUAUGCAAGAGAGGGCCUGCAGCUGGACAGGGGAGACAUGGAGCUCGUUCAUGCCCACGCCAGCAGCCUGCAUGCCCUGGGGGACCUCGCUGAAGCUAUGCGCAAGUACCAGGCAGCGCUGGCAAUGCAGCCCAGGGACCAGGAGGGACAGGCUCUCCAGCACUCCAUGUUCUACCAGGCAUGUUCUACCAGGCAUAGGGAGGUACUGGCCUACACCAUUGCUCGCUUGCAGCAGCCGCUCCCCUCCAUCCGCUUCGACUGGGAUUUCACUGCUGAGUUCAGAGAGGCAUGGACUAAGAAGGACCCUAUAGCAACGCUGCCAGGCUACCAACCCCUCUCAGUCACUGCACGCCAAUCACAGCGCGCCACGUUGCAGUCCCUGCCCACGCUGUCUCGUGAAGCGUUGGAUCUGAUCGAAGCAGCGGACAGGAUCGGCCAGCGGGCCCACUACCACUGCGAUGCAUUCAUGGCAAACAGGCAGCAGCUGCGCAUGGCAGGGCUGGCAGCUCUUGACGUGAUGCAGCAGGUGAGAUUCUUCCCCUUUUUUUCCACCCUCGCCCUUCUCUCAUCUGCCCCCAUUCACUUUGAUGGUGUUCAGUUCACUCGUACAUCCCCAGGCCUGGCAGCUCUUGACGUGACGCAGCAGGCAAGGGCAACAUGGGAUGCCAUGGCAAAGGAGCAGCAGGGGAGGGGGGAGUCGGCGGCUGGUGACACAGUUCCAGACACCACAACAACCAUGGAAACUGAUGCACCAGGAGGGGGGGGAGAAGGAGGAGGAGGAAGCGUAGGGAUAGAAAGCAGGGCGAAGCAGAGUCAGAGGGGAAGUGACAGCUCCGGCAAGGGCAGUCGGAAAAGCAGUAGCGGAGGCAAGGGGUCGGGCGGUGGGGUGCUGAAGGGGUGGAGGGAUGUGUACGAGGUGAUCACGAGAUGGAGACAGAUCUCCGAUCCAACGGAUGCUGUGCUCUGGAAGGACCAACUCAAGAAUCGCUUUGCGCAGGGCUUUCGGUCGUCCACGCCCAUCAAGGUGUGGGAUCUGCAGACCGUCAAGUACUACCCUGUGUUCAACAAGUCGUUUGAGGCCAUGCGUGAGGCUCUACUGGAGUCAGAGCAGGCCUUCACAAACAACCAGCCAUUUUCUGUGCCGCGCAACACACGUGGCGACAUGAUCACCAGAGCGGCUGACCUGCAGGCACUUCACCAAGCUGUGGGAAAGGACUUUCUCGUGCAAGCACCCUGCUACAGCCAUGCCGUUCCAGGGAAGGACCUGACCGGGUCAAUGUUUGAAAUCCUUAAGAGCACCCAUGCCUUCAGCUUCUACACGCACACACCAGUGAGCCCUCAACGGUGGCACGACUUCGACCAAGAGCUCACUGCUGCAUGGCAGGCGCUGUGUGCGGCAGUGCUGGACGCACACACAGAAGCAGUGGAUCCCCAUCGCUACCGCCAGAGGAUUCAAGAUGCCAUCCUCCGCCUGGGGUACUUCUGGUUCCAGCUGAUGCCGUUGACUCGUGGCUCUGCCAUGGUGGGGCUGGUCUCCAUCCUCGGCCUCUCCAUGGCUGCUGACAUGCAGACCACAACGCUAAUCCCACAUGGGGUGCAGGUAGGCUGGGAUGUGCUGCUUCUUUAA